AUGAAUUCUGUCCCAGAAGCUUUACCAAACCUUCGUGAAGUGCCUAUAACCACAGUAUCCACCAUUGAACAUUUCCCAACACUCACGAUCCGCACGGAUACCGAUGUCGAACUCUGGAAGCAGACCACAGGAUACAAGGAUUAUGCUCUAUUUCUUCGCCGGUUGAAUGAAUCAGUUGUCGGUGUUAGCUUGCCCUAUGAUCAUUCUUCCAGCUCGGAAGCGGUGACAGCGUUGCUCAGCGUCUUGGAUGUGCUCGACGGCUGGAUCAACGAGAUACCGCCUCUAAACACUCCCCAACGUUUUGGCAACCUUGCCUUUAGAACCUGGGGGAAGAGGUUAGAACAGCAAGCCGACACUCUCCUUCGAAGCAAACUACCACCCGCCUUCCAUGCAUGCAUCGCACAUCUCCUUCCUUACUUCCACACUUCGUUUGGCUCUUUCGUUCGCAUGGACUACGGGACUGGCCACGAAACAUCCUUCGCUCUCUUCCUCCUGUGUCUUACCCUCGUACGCUUUCUCGAGCCAAACCCGGAAGAGGAGCGCCAAAUAGUAUUGAAGAUAUUCGUGCGCUACUUGAAGCUAUGCUGGAGACUGCAGGACGUAUAUAAGCUUGAGCCGGCGGGGAGUCACGGUGUAUGGGGAUUGGAUGAUUCACAUUUCUUGGGGUAUAUAUUCGGGAGCGCGCAACUGAGAGAUCAGACUGAGAUACCUCCGUCGGCGAUUCUUCGUCCAUCAUUGCCGCCAACGAACCUGUAUUUCAUGUCAAUAAUGCGCAUCCACGAAGUCAAACAUGGCCCUUUCCAUGAACACUCUUCGCAACUACAUUCCAUCGCGACAGGCGUCAUGUAUUGGGCAAAGGUCAACUCUGGCCUGUUCAAGAUGUACGAGGCAGAAGUUCUAGGCAAACGUGUCGUCGUCCAACAUAUACCCCUCGGCGGUCUUCUCAAGUGGGACCCGUCGCCUUCACAGACAUCCACUGGCUUCUCGACUCUACCGCAAACAGCAGCUUACAGCUCCACAGCUAUCGUUCCUCCGCCUAGAAGUAUGGAUUCUGCGAUCAGCGUAGGCAACAGUCCAAGCCUGACGCCAACAGGAGGGACCCAAGCUCUUUGGGCCACCACAGCCCUCCGCACGGGGCUAAGCGACCACGGCACGUCGCUCGCAUCGAUGAUGCAGCCUCCGGGGUCAAUCUAUAGAUAUGGCUCGGACUAUGGUGAUUGGGCGAGUAACGCGAGUAACGCAGGGUACAACACCCAGAGUACGGGACCGACGACUGUGCCGACGCGCGCACCAUGGGCGGAUACAAGUGCGGGAACGGGGAUGCCCUCGAUCCCGCCGCUUAGAGCUUUGGGUACUGGGAGGAGUGGAGGUGGUACCCGACGUCAAGGCUCUAAAGAGUCACAAUCUGCUGCAUCCCCGCCGACAAUCUUUCCGCGAGGUGCGACUGAUACUGGCUCUGGGUCGCAGCCGUCAGGUCCGGUGCAAUGAAUGUCGAAUGCUUCCUGUGAUAGCUUCCUGCUUGUAUUCCUAGUCCUGUCGGAACUCUGUAUCGAUGAUAUCCGUCUAUUGUGGCGAGGCCUCGUUUUGAUCUCUGUGUCGGUGCUAC